AUGAUAAACUUUUUCAAGGGCCAUCCUACGAGGGAAUUGCUUCCUGUUCAAGAGAUUGCAGAGUCGUACAAACGAGUGUUGUUGGGUACCGAUUACUUGUCCUAUGAUACCGACGCCAAUAACCAACACCCGUUGCAAUAUGGAACUGACCCAGGAAAUCUUGAUGUGCGUAAGGUCGUUGCCGAGUGGGUGAACAUUAAGUUUGGCAAUUUGGUGUCGGAUCCCGAUUGUAUAAAUAUGACUGCCGGUGCUUCUUAUGGUGUUGGCAAUAUUUUGGCAUCGGUUACUUCGCCUGAAAUCACGCAACGAGUAUUUGUUGUUACGCCUACAUAUUUUUUGAUCAAUAGUUGUUUUGUUGAUGUGGGGUUGGGAGGCAAAUUAACUGCCAUUGAAGAGACACACAAUGGCAAGUACAGUAUCGACUUGGAGUAUCUUGAGCAGGAAUUGAAAAAGUACUCGGAAGAUUUGGAGCCAGUGCAUGACAAUAUUAACAUCGAACCAGAUCCUGUUAGAGGAAGCAGAAAGUAUUACCGGUUUGUGAUGUAUCUUGUUCCAACGUUCUCGAACCCAGGUGGAUUAACAUAUACAUUGGAAACACGACAGAAAUUGGUAGAGAUGGCAAGGAAAUAUGACAUGUUGGUUAUAAGCGAUGAUGUGUAUGAAUUUCUCGACUACACCGAUAGCAAGCCGUUACCUCGAUUGAAUCAGUUGGAUAAGGCUGCUGUGUCUAGUAAAUAUGGUAACACAAUUUCUAAUGCAACAUUCUCGAAAAUCAUUGCACCAGGACUAAGAGUCGGAUGGCAAGAAACAGCCACGCCCGAAUUGGUGCACCAGCUAUCAAUUACUGGGUCAAACAGGUCAGGUGGCACACCGAAUCAGUUGUCAACCCUUGUUGUGGCCGAUUUGAUAAAGACGGGAACUAUAGACACGAUCAUCAGGAAGUUUCAGAGCGUCUACAAGGAAAGAGUCCGAGUGUUGAAAGAGAGUAUUGCCAAGUACUUACCAGAUGAUACAGAAGUAUAUGGUGGGGAUGGCGGAUACUUUGUUUGGGUAGUGACACCUUCAGCAAACUGUUUUGAUGUGGUAGCCAAAUUAGCGGAACGAAAAGUUGUGCUUGCUGGUGGUGAACAUUUUGAAGUGACUGGUGAUGAAAGAAACUGGGGCGAACAUUGUGUUCGGUUGUCAAUUAGCUAUUUGACAAGGAAAGAGAUAGAAAUGGGGGUUAGACUAUGGGGGGAGGUAUUAGUUAGUAAAUAG